AUGAAGAUGAAACGCCUGUUGUCGCGUCUCCACAAAGGCAAACGUUCACGUAGUGGAAGCCCUUCUGAUUCAGUUGGAAGUGCAGAUGCUUCGCAAAACACUAGCGCCACAAUUCGAGGGUAUUCUUCUGUUCAGGAAAAAGAGUGGGGAAAGCUCCACAAAGCUGUGUGGAAUGGCGAUAUAAAGAAAGUUUGUUUGCUAGUGCGCAGGGAACCGAUGACGUGUGACUCAGAAAACAGGACACCACUACAUUUGGCUUGCGCCAAGGGUAAUGUUGAGAUCACGAAAGAGCUGUUGGAGUUUAACGCGAAAUUAAACGUACUGGAUAGUAACCAACACACCCCACUGAUGAAAGCGAUAGAGGCAAAAAGUUAUGCUUGUGUGGAACUCCUGAUUGCAUACAGAGCGGACUUGCUGAUCGUUGAUGCAAAUGGAGACAAUGCACUCCAUCAGGCCGCACAAUCAGGCCACAUUCAGAUAACACGCAAACUACUGAUGUCGGGCAUUUCGGUUGACGUACAAAACUCGAGCGGGAGAACAGCCCUUCAUCUGGCAGUCAACAACCGGGAUACAGCAAUGGUUACAUUUUUAUUGGAGUGCAAUGCCAAUGUCAACUGCUUGGAUUGCGAUGGACGUACCCCAAUAAUGUUGGCUUGUAUCGUUGGUCAUCUCCCCGCUGUCGAACUGCUUCUGCGAGCUGGAGCUGAGUUAGAUGUCAGGGAUGAGGAUGGAUGGAAUGCAAUUGACCUAGCACAAGUGCAUCGGCACGAUGAAUGUCGGACAGCUGUUAUACAAUCAAUGCAACCAUACAGAAGGUCUUCCACACUUUCUCCUAAAGGUUUGAAUGGCGCAUCUGUCCCUCAAAACGAUUCUACGGGGCCAAUGGGAAACAUAUCGAGAAGCGGCAAAUCAUCUGACACUCCCAGUGCGGGCAUGACACCAAUUUCUCCCCCAAGUAGAACAGCAGUAGAUAGGAAAUAUGUCCCGAAAAUUGUUAUCCAAAACACAGAUAAUGGAAACAAUGAUACUUUUGACAUGUUCAUCAGUGACAGCGAGGAUAGUGACAACUCUGCACGAAACCAGGGUUUUCGUGGUGAAGUGGCUGGAAGUGAACAGGAAGGGCUGGAACUGAUAACAGAUUCCGUAAAUAAUUCUUCGAUUCAACUUCCUAGCACUUCCAAUCAGCAGAACGAGACCUUUGCACGCCAAACCACAGUGUCGCCCCCACGUACACUUCUGGAAAUUGCAAAGGCUUCCAACACGAAAGCGCAAGUUCACAAACCGGAAUUGGUUACAAAUUUGAAAUAUGACCUACGGCGAAAAAUCACUUCAUCUUCAGAAAUUUCGUCUGUAUCUAAACCAGAUCAAGAAGAUGUUGAAUCCAAGUUACAUGAUUUUCCAUGUGUUGAUCAGGGUGAGAAAACAGAUGUACGACCCUGCAGUCCAAUCGGGUCGGAAACCAAUUCGCUGCAUUCUAAAGAAGAAGAGCAACCCGAGCAAUCCAUUCGAAACAUACCGUCGUCAUGUCCUCAGAACACACCACCGCCAGGACUCAUGAACAGUCUUCCACAAGGUCAGCGACAAAGUCCUGACGGAGGGAACGUUUCCACACCCAGCUCACUGCAAAAAGUGGCAUUAGAUUCAGAAGCAAAAAUGAGAAAUGGAUUAGACCAGAUAAGCGACCGACCGGAAGUCAUUAGGCCAUCGAGUCGAACCCCUGAGGUCUCCUACCGGAGAUCACCCGUGCUCUCCCCACCGCCAGCGUCUGAUAAUUUUGAGGACAAUUCAUGGAACACGGACACAAAUUCCGAGGACCGGAGACAAUUAGCUGAUGUGGAGGCUCUGAUUGGACAAAAGAUCCGAGAACACGCUGGAAUCAGCUUUUUAUCGCGUUCCACGGCGAAAGCGUCCACACCAAGCUCCCCAGUGACACAACCGUUUCCAGAAGGAUCACCUUUAAAAUUGGACAACGGUGGGUGGGAUUCCGAAGAGAAUUUGGAACAGGUUUCACCAAGAUCUCCCAGGCCAAGCAACGUUGAAACUAAUUACUGCCACGCAAUGGAUGAGGCCAAUCAUCGCUUGUAUACGCUUGCAAAACCCGCUGGUCAACUUGGCUGUCAACAAAAAGAAUCCACACCGCAGAGCGAUUGGGAUAGCGCCACAAAUUCAGCAGCCAACCAGUUCACGAAUAACCCAGCCAAUCCAGAAAUCAAAUACGCUUGCGGUACACUAAAGAAGGCGAUGGAGUGGGAUUCUAGUUUGGAUGACACCACAUCUGUGGAUUCAAACGCGGAGGAUUUAGAUCCAGAUUGUCUUGACAUGCAAGUGAAUACAGUUGAAAAGCUGACAAAGUGCGCGAAUAAUCCAGCCGUGGAUUCUCGUGUUAUCAAGAGGGAUGAAAAAGUUGGCGUUACGCAGACGAGUAAAAAAGCUGAAGACCGAUCAGAACCACGGCCUUUGGAUGGUUCCACUUCUGCACAUUAUUCUCAGGUGAGCGCAUCCGGGUUUUGUCUGGAUCCUACAGUGUUUUGGAAGACCCAAAUGCAAAUGACCAGCGCCUCGGCGAAGGGACACGUUGUCGUUAGCAUCCGUUCAGGCGCAUCGGACGUAGAUGAGAGCGAGCCGGUCAAUCUGUCUCCAAUAGUUGAGGUAGCAGAAGAAGACGUGGGUGUUUUUAGUUGGGUACAACGUCCCUCUGAACGGCCAAGACCGUCACCUGUUGGUUUAGCUGACAAGACUGAUGCUAAUGUGAAGGCAGCAGGAAGAGAACAACAAGGGCAUGAGUCCGUUCUGCUCACUUCGACUCAUACAUCACCGAGAUGUGUGGAUAUACCACAGCUAGUAACGGAUUCAGCCCCUCAAUCUUUGCACUGCAAAGCUUCAAAUCAACUGCCAGAAUCCACCCACGGGAAUAACCUCUUGCAAACGACGGAAGAGGUGGAUGUCGAUUCAAUCCCUGAACUCCCCUGCGAUGACACCAGGCACAUCGAUGCACACAAAUGCGAGAAUAUGGCUUCGCCAACGAACAACUUCUCGACUUUUUACGGUAUAACCACGUUGUCUGAUCAGCCAAGGCAAAUCGAGGCCCAGUCACGUCGUGCGCUUCCACGGAUUACUAUUUGUCAACAAAGAAUCUGGAGAGAAAACACAUGCAUGCAGGAAGACUCCGAUUAUUCUUUUGGCCAAAAUGAACCCAGCCGGAACUCAGCAGAUUCGAAUGAGGUAGACAACGGUGAUGAAUUUUCGAACGAUGACACCUCGAUGGAAGAUCCGCACCUGACUAUGAACGACUGUACUUUGGGUGACGUGGAAAAGUCCAGCAUAAAUCAUCAGUUCACUGAUAUCGGACAGGACGGAGAUGGCUUUGUCAGUAAAAUAGGAGAACGUCAUUCCAAUUCUCUUCAGUUGCCCGAGUGUGCCCCGCGAAAUCGGCGUCUCCCGAAAUCUGUCCAUUACGAUGUAUUACCGGAUUCCAACAUUAAAAACACCGAAUCCAUGACUCUGGGUUCUUAUGCAGGGCCGCAGCGACCAGAACACCUGAUUGGACGUGCCAGUCCAACUAACGAGCAUACAGUGUCAACGGAAUUAGAUGACAAGUCUGUUAGAUCGGGUACAUCAUCAGAAGUGAUCGCAUCUUUGAACGACAUAGAUUGGAAACAAUCUCCAAUGCCCCAGAAAUCUAUUAAUAAUGGCAUUGGAGAACGGAAUCAACAGAUUUCUGAGGAGAACCCCGAAGGCGAAUCCAUAGAAAAAGAUGGACGAUUGGAAAACACAUCUUUCUGUAUACCGCAAGUAACACACAACGCCACUACAAAUGCAACUUUGGACGUGCCUAAACAACUGUUGUGCGAAAAACUCAUCCAGGCACUCAAUGCUCUGGAGAAGGAACACUAUUCUCACGAAUCACUGCAGCAGGCUUUAGAUGAGGCAGAGGCCCGUAUUCGUCUGCUGACUCUAGAGCAGGCCAAUCUGACUGUCAGCAGUGAACGAAAAACGCCAAUGAGUUCUGAGCGAGAGGACAUGGCAUCGCUCAACAGACAACUGCUUGAAUUCAGAUUCAGAUUGGCUGAGGAGGCCGAUGGACGGGAACAUGCUGAACAAGCACUUCAACAAAACAAAGGCUUGUUGGAGGAGAAGGAAGAAAGAAUGAUGGAACUCGAAAAGCAGAAACAUCAGGCAGAAACAGACUUGCGCCGAUUGAUUACUCAGCUGGAUGAAGUCAACAAGGAAAAAACGAAGGCAAGUUGUUGGUUUCGAGCCAAGAUCUUUCUGGAGAUGUCCACUGACGAAUUGCUCAAAAUGGUUGCGGACAGUAAACUGGAUGCGCACCGCCUGGAUCAACUCAAGAUUGAGCUAUUUGAAAUUCGCAAGCGCCUGGAAACAGAAAGAAGUUUAUGGCAGAAGGGAAUGUGUGAGUUACAAGACAAGGUAGCUCACAUUAAGGAAAGCGAAACGGCCUGUCGACAUUGCGACGUGAACAAGAUAGACCAGUGUCAGCAAGCUACCGAGGAGCAUACUCCGCGGUUUACAGAGAAUGCAGUGGACUGUCGUCAUUUAAUCCUCAAGUCUGAAUCGGCCACUCAGUUUCCUGAUAAAAUGAACUCUGCGACAGAUGUUCCUCUUAUUCGUGGAAUGGAGGAGGUAGGCACAAUGUACAGUAUGUACAACCUAUGUCCAACCAAAUCAUCUAUGCUUUUUAUGUUCUUUUUGCCGUCCCGCCCCAUUGAGGAUGACACACGGGUCUCGGUUGAUCAACGAAAGUUUACCAGCCCUGGACAGCUGAAUUUCCACACGAUCGAAGAAAACUUGAUGGGGACGAAUGGCGAGGAUCAACUUGUUACCCUGAACCGACUAGAAAACAAAGACUCAAAGCGUGAUGUUACUUUCUGUGAGCCUACAACAUAUGCGGUACAAAAUGGAUCCCCAGCGAUGUUGGACCCGGACACCCUGCAGAGUUUGACCGAGAAUCCCAAGAAGGAAGAUAAACAGCAGAUCAUCACUGAAACAACUGAAGCAACGCUGUCUCAUCUGCUUGCGUUGGUCACCUCAACCGAAGCUCGCGUGGCUGAGUUGCGAUCCAACUUUGAAAGUACCAAGUGUAGCCACAACUCUGAGGUGAAGCAACUGCGGGAGAAACUUAGUUUGUCCGAAUCGCAAGUGGCUGAACUGAGGGCGAUGAUGAAAUCUCUGGAUCAAAUUCAAAUACAUGAAAAAACUUUGGAAGAAAGGAAAGCUGAAAGAAAGUCAGUGCAUGUCCAGUAUGAAGGUGAAAAUGGCGUUCAACCUGGUCCCCACUGCCUGAAUCUACUGACGCCCAACGAUAUUCCAGCUCUCGUCAGUGAGAUUCGUCGAGCAGCAAUAACCAACAGAGAACUCUCAGCAUUACAGCAACGCGUCAUGGAUUUACAGGCUGAUCGAGAUUGGUUGGCUGGGGAGAACGAGCGACUCAUUGCAAAAUUGGAGAAGAAAGCGAGAGUAUCUCAAAACAGUAGUCAGACGUUUGCAUAUUCUAACUGGCCCACAGUACCUCCGCCAUACCCAACUACCAGUGUACUUUCAAGCUAUCCAGUGGUUGCUCCAUUCAGUCUUCCUGGCCCGACUUACCCCGUACAGUGUAGUGCGGUUCCACAUUGCAACCAGCAUACAGGCGUACUACCAACAUGUAUCAUACACGGUCAGUAUUCAGCUGAAACAAAAGCUCCAGGAAGAAAACCAUCCGAACUUCAACCCGAGACAACAGACAGCAGUAGCUAUCCAAUCAGUCAAGCAAACAAUCGCCCUCUGACAAAUGUACACAACUCCAGUUGGUCCCUAGACCAAGAAGAGCCCGUGGUAGAAAGGACUAGCUCUAAAGGGAGAUUUCAAGUUGGCUACGAAAAUCCGACCCGAAAUCAGAACGGGAAUGAUGAAACAUAUGGUGGAAUUUUGAAGCAACUCCUCCCAGAAGUUGAUCGCAGUAUUGCAAGGCACUUGGAGCUUGGAGAAGUAACGAGACUGAAGGAAGUUGGACGGGUUGCGGCCUUUCCUGAUGCUGGGCUAAGUCGAACACUACAAAGACGAACCGCCACUAUGUUGCUGUGUGAUGCCGAGAAAAAGUUAAAAAUGUUGGAAAAACGCUGCGGAUCCAAAUUUCGACCAAAUAUUGAUUCCAGUGAUUACCUUGAUUUCUUGAAAAUGAAGUAUUUUGUAUAGUAAUCAGGGUACAAUAUUCCAGGGUACAUAUCUUCCAGCAAUUUCUGUGAUAUAAUUCCUGGUAUCCCCGGAACCAUCUGGUUUGCCACGACCACCAUGGCCCGAAAGCUUUCACACUCCGCUCAUUUCUGUAAAAAAUAUUAUUCCAAAACGUUUCACUAAUUUGGAAUAAAAUGCCAAAUAAAUCUGUUUUGUUUCAGGGCUG